CCACCGGGCUCCGUGAGCCUGACUCGCGCUCAUGAGUCUCUCAGGGCGUCGCGGGUUCGAGUCCCGCGUUGGGCGACAGGUUCCCAACCCCGCCGAUAGGCCGACCCUCGCGGGCCCUUUCCAACUCGGCCAAUUCUGCGACUCGUCGUCAGAAAGACCUCUCUGGUGGUGGGGAAAAAUAAAAACAAAACACCGACAACACAAGCUCCCCGCCCCGCCGCGGCCUGCGGUGGUUGGUCUCGCGCGGCCUAGCGCCGCUUCCCCGCCCUCGGCGAGCUGGGCUCCGCCCCGCGGAAGGGAGCCGAGCCGGGUCCGUGAGGGGAAAGAUGUUGGGCGCCGCUCGGCGGCAUGUGGCCUGCGCUUUGUCGGGCGGCGUGGACAGCGCCGUGGCGGCCCUGCUGCUGCGGCGGAGAGGGUACCAAGUGACUGGAGUGUUUAUGAAGAACUGGGACAUUGUGGAUGAACAAGGAAUCUGUUCUGCUGACAAAGACUGUGAAGAUGCUUACAGAGUUUGUCAGAUACUAGACAUUCCAUUUCACCAGGUUUUCUAUGUAAAAGAAUAUUGGAAUGAAGUCUUUAGCUACCUCUUAAAUGAAUAUGAAUUGGGAAGGACCCCUAAUCCUGAUAUUAUAUGCAAUAAGUACAUCAAAUUCAAUUAUUUCCUGGAUUAUGCUGUGAAUAACCUUGGAGCAGAUGCAAUUGCCACUGGACAUUAUGCAAGAACUUCUUUGGAAGACAAUGAAGUAUUUCAGCAAAAAUACAUACGCAGGCCAGAAGGACUUUUCAGGAAUAGAUUUGAAGUAAGAAAUGCUGUAAAACUUCUUCAGGGAGCUGAUCAUUUUAAAGAUCAGACAUUCUUUCUCAGUCAGAUCUCACAAGAAGCCUUGCGGAGAACCAUUUUUCCUUUAGGAGAGUUAACAAAAGACUUUGUAAAGAAGAUAGCUGCUGAACAUCACCUUCACCAUGUACUGCAGAGAAAAGAGAGCAUGGGAAUCUGUUUUAUCGGUGAAAGGAAUUUUGAAAAGUUCCUUCUGGAGUAUUUGGAGCCCCGUCCAGGCAACUUUGUUUCCAUUGAAGACAACAAGGUCAUUGGAACACACAAAGGUUGUUUCUUGUAUACGUAUGGCCAGAGAGCCAGGCUCGGAGGCCUCAAAGAUGCUUGGUUUGUUGUAGAUAAAAAUAUUGCCUCUAGGGAGAUCUUUGUGGCACCCUCUACAGACCAUCCUGCACUUUACAGAGAUCUCUUGCGGACAAACAGGGUACACUGGAUCGCAGAGGAACCUCCCGCAGAGCUGAUUCGGGAAAAAAUGAUGGAGUGUCAUUUCCGCUUCCAACACCAGAUGGCACUAGAGCCUUGCACCUUAACUCUAAAUCAGGAUGGGACUGUAUGGGUGACAAUGGUCAAGCCAAUCAGGGCUCUUACCCCAGGCCAGUUUGCUGUUUUCUACAAGGGUGAUGAAUGUCUUGGCAGUGGAAAGAUUUUGAGGCUGGGUCCCUCGGUGUAUACUUUGCAGCAGGGCAGAAACAGAGAAAAGACGGCUGAGAAUGGGCCUGAGGUCAAGGUAGAACCAGCCACCUGACUGCUUUCUUUCAUGCAAAGACUUUGUUACUUAAUGAUGUUGAAUUAAAAGAGAGAGAUCAAAUGGUCUUACAAGAACACAUAUGAAUACACACAUUGACGUAUUUGUUGGGAUAUUUUCACGAGGUGAAUUAUGAUAAUACUUUAGAGUUUUUUAAAAAAAUGAAAUAUUUUUGACAUGAUGAAUGACCUGUGGUGGUGAGAAACAGAAGAAGAUUUACUGUUCCUAAGUCGCUGCGGUCCUCUGCAAGGAAUUCCCACACAGCAGGGUUGAUGUUACCAGCCUUCAUGUCACGUUUUCAGACAUCUUUGUAAUCCAGAGUCGGUUUUCAAAUGGGCCUGGUGCCUGAAGCCAGCUCCCCAGAGAGCACAUCCUUGGGGAUCCUUCUUCCAUCUUCCAUUCUGUGGUCAUGACCAAGCCAGCUGUUGGGAAAACUCCAUAGCACCUGAAAAACUAGGAACUGUGGAAUAACGUCCUGGCUGUUUGCUGAAUCUCCUAGAUUUCUCUAACCUUGAAAGAGGUGCCUUUCCUUAUCAGCUUGUGUAGCGUUCCCUGUGAUAGAAGGAAAUACAGCCAUUUAAAGAUUUUGCUUGAUGUAGACAUGACAAUUCGGAACAUAGGAAGCCCCUUAUACUGAGUCCAAUCAUGGUUCCAUCUAGCCACAGCACUGGUGAUUAGCUAUGGCUCUCCAAUUGCCCUGUGUAAGAGCAACAUAAUUCUAUUUAUAUUGUAAACUGACCUGUGAUCCUCAGAUGAACGUCGGUAUACAAAAUGAACCAAUUAAUUACUUAAUUAAAAGACAAUGAGCAAAACCUCCUGGCAACAUCUGGGGAAAAGCCUUCUGUUAGUACGGCACCUCUUUCGUCUAAUGAGGCUUAUGCAGGAGAGAUUCUCCAGGAAUUCUCUCCGAAGUCUGAGACUGUAAACUUUAUUAAGCUUUUUCCAACAGUGUGUUUCUUCUGUGGAUCUAAAUUGUGCCUCUGUGAGGAAAGGUGCUAUAGCUUUUCAGGUUCAAAAUUAUGUAUUAUUGAAGAACAGUUUCCAUUUUCCACACUUGUUAAAUAACUCAUUUGGGAGUUCCUAUGCCAACUAGAAAUAAAAUGCUUAUGAGUUACUAUA